AUGCGGCCUUCACAAGACUGGAGAGGAACAACGUCCAGUUCACGUGUUUUCGUUCAGAAGGGCUACCAACUUUCCGAUGAACUUUCGAUGCGACAUAUGCGGGUCGGUUUCUUAACAAAAUCUGUUCAUGCUAAUUAGAUUUAGUGUUUCUUUAUUCAUAACCGGAUUUGUUCUUUCUUGUUUUCUUGUUUUGUAAUUUUUCAAGGUUGAAAACUUUGAGUGUUCAUAGAUUAUUUCUUAGAGAAAAAGAUUUUUUUUCAUCAAUUUUUGUGUUGAUUGUUUAUUUCUUCUACUCAAAUGAAAAAUUUUUAGGUGACCAAUUGAGAAUUUUAUGAAAGUCUGCAGGAAAACUUUUUCAAGUAAACAAAAAAGUACCCCUUUUCUUUUUCUGUUGAGUUUUGAAGCUUUGAAAAAAACGAAAAAUUCCUCCUUUUUCAUUAUUUCAGAGCAAGCUUACUUUUGAGGCUUCAUAAAUUGGCUAAAAGAGGAAUUGAAGAAGCCUUUUUUCAACAAUAUAUAAAAUAUUCUUCAAGUAAAUUUUUGUGAAAUCUCAACUCAAUUGAAAACCUUUCUUUGUAUGAAAACGUUUUUUCGUGUAGCUUUAUUCCAUUCUAUUUCAUUUUUUAAACGCUUUCCAUCCCGUUUUCAAUGUGAUUUCCGUGAAAUUCAAAAUUAUCUCUGACUCUCCAAAAUUCAAGAUCUUUUCCAUACUUGGACUGCUCUUUUUAAUUUCACAGAAUCACUUUGAACACGGCUUUAUAGAAGCGCCUUUUUGAUUUUGAAUGGAUCAAGUUUCAAUACUUUCUGCUGGGAUUUUGUUGAAGAUUUUCUUCUUUGCAGGUGCUGGAGAACAGGUACGGCGGCGGCAGGGCGCACAGCGCUGCCAUUGUGAUCCAGAGAGCGUUCCGCGAGUACUGUUUGCGCAAGAGAUGGACCCGGAUGACUACUUUUCCAGUCAUCAAGUAAACUUCUACUGUUUUUCUUAGAAGUUUCGAGAGUUCAGGAAAAAAAUCAGAAGUUCGCGUUUAGUUUUCUCGAUAUUUUAUCAUCACGAAUUCAUUAUUAUUUUUUUUUUUCAAUUUUAUAGAAAAUCACACUGAAAACACUUGCUCUCGAUAAUGCGUUAUUUUUUUGCCCACUCUCCUUAAAAAUCGACAAAUUAGUUUUCUGAAAACUUUAAAGCAAUAUAAGGGGAUAAUUGGUCUUCACUUGAGCAUUUUAUUCUCUAAUACUAAAAAAAUUUAUUUUGUUGAGUUGAAAAAAAUAUCAUGAAACAUUCAUUUUCCCUGUGUCAUUUCUGAAUAAUCGCGUGUCUUUAAAGGUUGAAUUUCUUGUUUUGAGAAAAAAAUCCGGGUAAUUUUUUUUCUUAACAUAAAGUUACUGUUCUUCAAGUGGAAUCAAAACUCGGAAUUUUUGUUCUAUUGAAGUUUUUCUUUUCUAGUUCUUAAUGUUAAAACCGCCAGUUCGGAAUAUUUAAGCAUGGAUUGAAGCUUCGGAUGACCUAAAAUGAUUUUUUUUUUUGCUUUGCGGCUAUUUUGAGAUAUUUUUAUGCUUUUUUCAAGAAGCUCGGCAAACUUUUUUGAAAGAAGCAGUAAAACUCGGAAGUUCUAGGAUGGAAAAUAGGCAAAAAAAACCCUUAAUUGUCUUUUUCAAACACUUUUCGUGCAAAUAUUAUUUUUAAAAAAUGUCUUGCAGUGGCAACGGCGUCGAGAGCUGUAAAUAUACCAACGGUUCACGAGCGAAUGACGGAUUCCAAACGAGCAGGUACACAUUUUGAACCGAAAAAAGUGAUUUCUUUCCUCGGGAUUGCGCACUUCUCUCGCUGAGCCCCGGGUCAAACCAUGCGAAGUUCUGACCACUUUUUGACAGGAAUUGUAAAUAACACGUCACGUUGAAGGAGCUGUCACCGAAGCAGAUUCCGACGCCCCGAAGCGUUUCGACCCAUUGCCCCGUUGCCCCCUUCUGUUUACUCUCAUCAUUUUUACCUUCCAAUUCGAUGACUUUACCCAGAUUUGCGCUUUUUUUGCUUCUCGAAACGUUUGAAAAACUUGCGAAACCAUUUUUUUCCUACUUUUUAACGUAACAGAAGGAAAAAAAUUUCCUAGAAAAAAAUCUAGUAAGAACCAAUUUUUUUGUUUUCAGUAUUCUCAUAUCAAUCUACGCUAAUAACGUUGUGUUUGCUGGAAAAACGCCAUAAAUUUUGAUAGAUUAAAAAUUAAGUUCUCUUUUGAUCGCUAAAUCUCGUUGCGCAAAAAAAUCUUACUCUCAAAAAAAUACCACACCUCCAAUCUUGGAUGAAUUUUCCACUGACCUCAAAAAAAUUUUUGCAGAUUUCUCACCGGAAUUUAUUUUACAAACACCUUUUUUUCUCAAAAAGGUUUUUUUAUAGGUUAACGAGUUUUUUUCGAUUUUCGAAUCAAGAUUAUUUUAUUUGAGUUGUAGAUAUGAUGAGAAGGUUGGAAACUAAGAAACGUCAGAAUUUGAGAAUAAAAACUGGACUUUCUUUCGCCGAACCUAUGUUUUUUUCGAAAGAAAUCCUACGGUAAGAUAAAAAAACUUUGAAUUUGAAAAGAAAUUAAAAAAAUAAAUCUAAUCCCAGAUAAAUUUUUUUUAUUUUCUUCUAACAGUUCAAAAAAACAAGAAUUUAUUGUUAAGUGACUGAAAUAGCGGUUUGAUUCCGCUUCAGGCGGAAAAAUGAAUGUGAUCGUUGAAAAAGAAUUGCGUUUAAUCCAAUUUCUGACAGCUCGAAAAUAACUUUAUGACUUUGAUAUAACUUGCAUUUUUUUGUUUAAUACGAAUUUCUCAUAUCAAAAAUGUGUUUGAAAUUACUUUUUUUGUCUAUUCUUUUUUUCAACUUCAACUCUUGAAAAUUUUUUUUAAUUAGCCCAAAUUUUUUUGCAAAAACUCAGAGCAAAACUUUUUUUCGCAAUGUGAAGUCAAAUAUUGAAUAUUUUUUUAAUCAAAGAAGCCUCGAUUUCAGUAGAUACGCGGCGGCGACGAGUUUGAGCGCCCAACUGCGAGCCGAUCGGGCCACUCGGGCCAACACUUUGGAGCGAAGUCCUCCCUCGCCGGCGCCUUCCGCCAUCAAUCAUUUCCAGAACAACACCACCAUCGGUUUGUCUUUUCAUAUUUCUUGUUGUACGAAAAAAAUCUCUCCUUGCCUCUUUCUCAUUCACGUGAUCGACACUGGAUUCGAAUGUGUUUCCUCUCUGGAAUUCUCACCUUUGAACCCCUCAAGAGGCUCUCUGCCACGGGAAGAGCGAUUCAACGAGUUUGAUAGUUUUUUGCAAGUUUUUUGAGGUGUACCUUGAUUCCCCCGAAAGAAAAUAAUUUUUCCCGUUUUCUGUGGAAACAAAUUUUUUGAGGCACCAUCUUCCUUUUUUGAUUCGGCUAUUGACAAGGAUAUGACUCAUAAUCUUAACUAAUAAGGAUAAAUAUAUAUACUCACUUUUCAACGAGUUCUCUUCAAAACUUUGAUUUUUGAGAGAAAAAAGAGGCAUUAUUUUUAAGGUUUUUUGAACUAGAUUUUCAAAUUUCAUGCAUUUCUUGAUUUCUUCUACUUCACCUGUCGGAUAUUCUGAUUAGUUUACGGCUUUCAACAAAAAAUUAUCUCCUAUUACCCCUUUUUCGCUUCACACUUUUGGUCGAGUUUUCUCCAUCUGACAAGAUUUUCGAUUGACUGGUUACGCAAUUUUUCCACUGGAAUAUCUGAAAAGCGGUUGACUUCGAAGAUUUUCAAUUGAACAAGUGAAGAAAUGCUCCAGAACCUCGAGUCUAUGGUUCGACUUUCUUGGAUUUGAUUCGGAACUCGUUUUGUCAUAAUCAACAAGAAAAAGGAAAAAUAUGAUAGAAACUAUUUGUUUACUGUUUUUUUUCCUUCUCUCUUUCGAUUUUACGUGAGAAGAAGAGCUCUCAAAGGCCAGUUGUCUUUUUCGAACGUUUGGCAAAUGCGAUUAUCAAUCAAGUCGCCGCAGGUGCGCGUGGCAAUUGGCCGGCCUGAGAAGCCUCCGAUUUUCUGAUUUUGAGGACAAAGACCUUCGGCGUAAUUAUUCUAGUACACGACCUUUAGUUUCACGUUUUCCGCUGCUCACUUGGCGCUUUUCCUUCAAAAAAAGUUCCAAACCCAAUUAAGACUUUUUUUUCGACUUUUUUUAAAAGUAACUUGUUUCAUUCUUUUGGGCUCUAAAUAUGAAAAAUGUGCCGAGGAUCACAAAAAUUUGGCUUCAUUUUUCAUCUGAUAUAACUUCACAACGGUUCGAUGGGACUGAAUAAAAAGGAAGUCAUAAUUAUUUUCUGAAUUUAUAUAUCUUUUAUUCAAAGAAAAUGGAUCUUUUGGAAAAAAAUUGGCAUAAGUUUUUGUCCUGAUAUUUUUGAUCCUCAUUUUUUUUUUUCUCAAACAGUUUAACAGGAUCAAUUUUCAAUUUUUUUUAAAUGUUUAUUUCUUUUUUUUUCUAAGGUCGGACUAGCGCUGUACAGCGCGCACUCUGAAAAUUUUCAUACGGUUUUUGCUAACCUGCCCCCCCCCCCUUUCUCGUUUUCUUUUGCCAUGUCUUCUCUCUUUUUCAGGUCCUACCGAGACUUUCCUAUGUAUGACAGGACCAGGGACUUUCCAUAUAACUUUCCAACUUGAAAACACAGUUUUUUGAUAAUGUUUGUAAGGAAUGUGGAUAGAAUUCCUUAUACAAGCUAUCAAGUUUUAGAAUUAGUCAAUUUGAAGGCAUUUCUCGAAAAGUUUUGGAAGCAGGAUACAUUGCGAAGUCAGAAGCCUCGGUAGGAAAGUUCUGAAAAGAAACGUCCAAAUGUUUAAAAUCGUAUCAGAUUUUUUUUAAAAAUUAAUAAUAUGAAUUUCACUCGGUUACAUAGAACAUAAGAUACAAGGGAAUUGACAAGUGUUCCCGAAGAUGGCUAUUUAUUAGACUUCAUUUGAGCCGUUUCAGAUAGCCUGAUGUCACCGCGACUGGGCCAGAAGCGGUUCGUCCGCGGCGGCGGUCCAUCCGGACUGCACGACGGCGGCGAACACGGAGUCGCGUCGGAAGUCUGGCUGCCGCGACCGUCGCUCGCGACUCACAACCCGGCUCACUCCAACUCGUUACCUCGGCUCGACAAACACCGCGUCCAGCCCCACAACGAGUUGGUUGCAACGUCGCGACAAAUAUCCGCGAAUCUUGCAGCGAGAACCGAACGCCGCGCAAGACGCUGUCAUCCACACCGCCGCGGCCCGUUUCCGAGCAGGAACGCAAGCGCCAGUAUCGUAUUGCUCUGAAUUUCUUCAACAGGUACACUCUUGUUUGCCCACCUCAUUGCUUGCUUUGAUUUUAGUUUUGUUUGGUUAUGGGGGAUUUUAUACCCUCUGAAUCUUGACCAGAGGCGUUGAUUUUCUUAUGGGGAAGAAUUGAGGAAAAUUGAAUGACAAGAUUAGGUUACAAAUGUUCGGUCUUCUAGCCUUAUUCAGCAAUGUAAAAGAUCUUAGUUUUCGAAAUAUGAUGUUUUGGUCUUCGAAGUUAUCAAAGCACAUCAUGUAUGGGCUUCCUUUCAAGAAUUAGUAAAAAUCAUACAAAAUUUUUGACUUAGUUACUUCGAUUUUUUCUCGAAUCUUGAACAUAAAGAUUAGUUCCAUGAGCUUUCACUCAAGAAAUAACGGCAAAGAGACCUAAAUUGACCCGACUGACCCUUUAGAUUUUUUCAAACGUAUCCUAGUCAGUACGUGAAAAUCAUUUGAAUAAAGCUCGCAAGAAUAUUUCUCAAUAGCUCAGUUAUCAAGCUUAACAGUGUAUAAAUAUAUUUUUUCUCAGAAAACCCGAACGUGGAGUCCAACUUCUGACGUCAUGGGGUUUCGUUGACGCGGUCCCAGAAUCCUUGGCUCAUUUGUUAUUUGGACGCCGUGGUCUGAGUAAACUCAUGAUCGGCGAGUACAUUGGCACACUACACUCUUCUUUCCAUAACCUAGUCUUAAAGUUGGUUUUUCUUAUAUAAUCAGCCUUGAUAAGUCUUUUUCUAGGUAUUUCAUCUCAUUAGUCGAGAUCCGAGGCCUGGAGAUCGAUGUCGCGUUACGCAAGGCAAUGCAGUUUUUCAUUCUUCCCAAGGAGGCCGAGAAGAUCGACAGGAUUAUCCAGGUAUUAAACGUCUUGGAAAAGUUUCUCAGAGGAGCAUGGGCGAAAUUUAGAAAGUAUUUAGUAAGAGACGAAAAAUCUUUGAGGUUAAGGAAUAUUUUUAUUUCUAAGCUUUUAAACAAGCUAAAAUUUAAUUUUAGGAAAUUUGUGCACCAUUUGAGUAGGGAGAAGAUGACACAGGGCUCAGACUCUGCAAAUUUCAACUGCUCUUUUCAAGAAAUAAGAUAAAAUUUUAAGAUCCAAAAUAAUAGUUUUUACCAAUCUGAAAGUUCAAUUUUCUGAACUUUCCUGAACUUACAUUCUCACCUCUCGCGAAUAUUUUCAAUUUCUGAUUCUUCCCGAAAAUAGUUUGUUCUAGACUUGCUCAUUUGUACCUUUCAGGCUUUCGCCAUCCACUACGCGAAGAAUAACCCGAAAAGGACGUCUCAGUUCCGCGGAGGAUGGGACACUGUUCAUCUCCUUUCCUUCGCCAUCAUCAUGCUCAACACGGACCUCCAUUCUCCCAACGUUAAGGCAAGAUAAACUUUAGAAAAGUUCUCUGAAGAAGUCGUUUCAGCAUCGGAUGAAGAAAGAGGAUUUCGUCAAAAACCUUCGCGGCCAGGACAAGGCUCCGGGCGAAAAAGAGGGCAAAGACAUCAAUCGGUAGGAGAUUCUGGAGAAUAACGAAUUAGAACUUAAAAAAUUUAGACUUCUGGAAAUGAAUGAAAACAUUGAAAUUUUCUCGAUUCUGUGGUUUUGAGAUGUUUCAAAUUUAGAAAAAACACCUUAAACUUGUUUCUCGAUUUUUCCUCAUAUUUUCCCGAUUUUGAGUACUUUUUGAAGAAAUAUGAACUUCUUUCUUAUUUUCAUCGAUAUCUUAUCUUAUUUAUUUUUCCUAUCCUUUCGAAAAAACAGGUUUGAAAAAAGAAUUUUUUUUCGAAAUUUCAGCAUUUUUGAUGUUUCCUGUUUCAAGAUUCAUUUUAUUUUACAGGGAGCUUCUCGAAGGAAUCUACGAGAGGAUACGAAAGGACGAACUCCGUCCGGGGGAUGACCACGUUGCCCAAGUCGCUCGCGUCGACCGAGCCAUCAUCGGGAAGGAUAAACCGGUCUGGACUUAUUUUAUAGAUUCUGCGCAGUAUUUUGUGGAAAACGGAAUACAAAUUGAUUUCCAGCGGCUGACGGAGACCCAACGUCGUCUGGUUUGCUACUGUCGCCUCCAACAAGUCCUCGACCCGUCCAAAAGACAGUCUUCUUCGGCCCGAGAACGCGACGUCUUCUUGUUCAACGACAUGAUCGUUGUACGAUUUUUCAUGUCCUUUUCAGACCUGUCUGUUUAGUUCAAAAAACCUGACAGAGAAAAAAAUUGGUUUUGAAAGAUGGUAAAAGUUGAAAAAAGGUUCCGUUUAGUAAAAUUCAGGAGGUUCAACAAGAACUUCGAUCUUAAUUAAGUUAGUUCAAUCUGUUUAUAACUUUUUCAUACAUCUCACGAAAACGAGAAAUCUAUGAAAUCGAAAGAUUAGAUUUUCGAGGAAAAACUGAUUCUGUAGGUUGGAAAAGGAAUGACGAAGCGACGGACGUCGGUGAUCAGCGGCGCCACGUACACCUUGAAGCACUGGUCGAUGCUCUACGGCGCGACAAUUCACGAGUUUCAGGUACCUAUUCGAGUAUUUUCCCCGAAAAUAGAAGCUUUUGAAGAAAGGACAAUAUGAGUUCGGCCUGACGAUUGUCUGUGUCGACAAGCAGAAGCUUCAUUUCAACGCCAGGAACUUUGAGGAUCGGUUCGUUUUUCAUUCUUUCUGUGAAGCUCAUUAUGACUAAUGCUUGCUGUUUCAACUUGUAAUUAUAAUAGUAUCUCAUUUUUCACAUGGUUCCCUGUUGGUUCAAGACUAUUAGAAAAGCUCAGUAUAAUUUCGAUGUUUUUCAGUUUUUGGUAGACUUUUGAUUUAUUUUUUUUUGUUGAAAGAUUCACAUAGGAUGCAAUUUUUAUAAUUUCUUCAGUUCGAAAAAAAAGUUCGAAAUUUACAGAUGUCGAUUCGUGGCCGAUAUCGCUGAAUCGAUAAGAGAAGCCACCGAAAUGGAGCAAGUCCGUUUGGAGGUAUAUAGGCUUUUUUCUUGAACCUUCAUUUUUCAAUCUACUGUGACCUUUAUAACGCGAAUCAGUCGUGUCGGAGUAUUUCUAGUGACCACAUUAGUAGCGUCAACACUAAGUGAUCCCUAGAAAUGCUCCGAAACGCUCGGAGCGCGUCCCGCUUUCAUUAACGAGAUCCGAGUAACUUUACUUGGAAUUUUUUGGUCAAAAUAAAAAGAAGUUAACACUGACUUUUAGGUCGAACUUGAGCGUCACACGCUUCGCAGUGACUCGCAGAGGGACAGCGGCUUGCCCGAUAUGGAUGAAUCCCUGAAACCGGUUUGUUUGGUGUUUUCUCUUUGUAGUGUCUAGAAAGUUCUUUUGAAAAGAAACGUUACCCUAUUUUCACACAGAAAGCCUUUUCUUAGUGUUGAUUCAUAUUAUUGAAGGCUCUCAAAAAAACGUUAGCAAAAUCUUUUUUUGCUCGAAACAAUAAAAAUAUUGUUCUAAUUUCAUUUUGAAUCUUUAUUGCAGAAUUUACAAAGCGGCGGGGCACAAAACGCCUCGUUUCGGCGGCUCUCUUUCAAUUCUUUGGACAGCGGCGUCGUCGAAGAACCUUGUGAAGUAAACUAAUUCCAUUAUCAUGUCAUUGAACUUCGGUUUGUCAUUAUUUCAUGUUUCUAGUCAUCUCGUAGUCCUCAUAAUUUGCUCCUGAAUGCUUCUUGUAGGUAUUUAUAUCUUAUAAAAUUUUCUUGUUCCACAUUUCAAAUUCCGACGGGGUUCAUCUCAUCUUCUCUUUCUUUUGCCAGUCUCUCCUAAAUAUGAUUGUCAAAUUCCAAUGGUUCUUCAGAAGUUUAGGACCAAAAGUCAUCAUUUUUUGUUAUUUUUCAUGUUUUUAGGCCAUAAAUGUAUAGGUGUUGAAUAUGAGCUAUGUGUAUUCUUCUUCACUUAACAACGAGGUAUAAUAAGUAUUGUUCCUUUCCAGUCUAUAUGGAGUUGCUCAAAAUUCACUUACCUUGAAAAUUGCCACAAUUUUUGUUUUCCUGACUUCCAGCGUAAUUCCGUCGAAGAUUGACAUUCACUUGCCUCAUGAUUAUUUCUCGUGACAGCCCCAAUAUCGUGUUAUUGAACCCCUUGUAUAUAAAAUAUAUUUUCUAUUUUUCGCAGUCAGCGGAACGAAAUCAGUAUGACCAAAAAUGAAGUUUUCUUUUUUCAAGCUCGUUUUUAUUUGAUUUUUUGAAAAGUGUUUUGUGUCAGUCAAAGCUUUAUUGAAAAAAAUGAAAAUUACACGAUUUCAAGUAGAUUAUGGGGAAUGGACGACUCGCGAUCGAAGAAUAAAAAAAUUCAGGCCCUAUUAAAUAGGAAAAGAAAAAUCGAAAUUCUUCCGCAGGUAUGUUUAUUUUUACCAUGUGAAAUUUCUCUUUGAUAUUAUUCAGAAUGAAUCUUCUUCAUGUGAUGAAGAACCUUCUACAAGUAAAGAGCCAUCCGGGAAGAAAAAUCUAAAAAAUGAGAAAAUUGAAACGGAAGACGUCCAAGCCAAAAAGGUUUCGAUUACUUUUUUUCAUUCUGGGUUUUUUUUAAAGUCUGUUAAGGAUGUUAAAUUCAUUCGGUUAGUUCAGUAAUUCUUGCUUUUUUUAAUUUUUUUGAAAUUUUCUUAUGAAUCAACUCCAAACUCUGCGCCUUGAGACGCCUCAACAAAAAGUUAAAAAAAGGUGGUUUUCUGAUACAUUUUCUUUUUCCAAAAACUACUACAAAAGCUUUCAAACGUUCCCUUGUCUCUUUUGAAAUCCUUAAAAUGAUUUCUCAAGCCAGCUGUGAAUGAACUAUAUAGCAGACAACCAAAAAAAUAAAAAAAUUGUUUUUUUAAAAAAUUUUUAAAAAGUUGAAAAAUUGUCGUCGAUCACGCCGUCAGGUACGCAAACAGUCUGACGCAAUAGGGUCAAAUUAUAUAAUUUUUGUCGUUUUUACUUUUUUUUCAAACUCUUUGUUUUCGUUCUUCAUUUGCCAGCUUUCAUUGUUGCUAGAAGUUGAAAAAAAUUUAGAACGAAAUUUCAGAAGAUUUUAAAACUUUUUAUUUAAUUUUUUUCCAAAAAUUCAAAGUUUUUUUCUGUUUGCGGUUUUGUUUUUCCUUUUCAAGGAUUUAUACCGAAAUCCAAAAAUUUUGUUUCAAAAAAACCGUGUUUAGUUUUUUUCUCAGUCACCCGAGAACGCUGCGCCUUUUAACUUUUUUUUCGAACGGACUAACUUCUCCUGUCUUUGUAGGAAAUUGACAACUUUUUUUGAGAACUAUGUUUAAUUGAAACACUUUUUAGGCCAAAGCAAGCUUGAUUUUUGAGGCGAAACGAGCAAAAGAGCGGGCAGAAGCCUCAGGGCCGCAAGGAUGGUAACCGACCGCCUUUUUUCGUGCCAAAUAAAUCAAGGGAUUGCAGGCUCAGACCCAAGAGUCUGGGAACGAACAAAGAAUUCCUGCAUCGGACGCUCGCCUCGACGCUACCGAGGAAACCGAAAGAGAAAAAGUGAAUUUCCCACUUGGAAGUAAAACAUCGUUCAGGUCCAACCAGCACUUUGCUUUUUUUUUCGAAUGAGAUUAAAGAUUAAUGGGCUUUCUUUCCAUUUUCGUUGGGUCUUGGCUUUGUCGGCAAUCCGUCCAGAGCUUCUUUUUUGCCUCCUAUUUUCUUUUUGCCAUAGCUCUCCCCCCCUCUGCCGAACAAAUUUAAUUGCCCUGGAAAAGUGGUUGGAAAUCAGUUUGGGGGCGAGGAAUCGGUCUUAAAUGCCCACCGUUUUGUCUUGCUUCCGGUUCGUCCUUUUUUCCUCGAGCUUUUCGUUCCUUUUCUGUUCUUUGCUUCCGCUCUUUAAAUGUGUUAGAGUUUUUUUUUGGUCUUGUUUUUGACAUUUCUCUGAGACUUUUAAGUAUGUUAAUUUUUGAUGACCUCGUUUUGAAAAUUCCUCAAAGAAGCAUAGUUUCACAAAGGUCUCGCGGCGAAAAGCGUCUUUCAUUUUUAUUUCUAGUUAAGCAGAAUUCUUUGGAUUUCAAAGUAGUAUGCAUUUUUUAAGGUUCUCAAAGGCAAAAAAAGAAGCUUUUUCAGUGAAAAUUUUAAACCGCUCCUACAGAUCUUUAAGACAAAUCAUUAAUUUUACUAGUCAGAAUUUUAUGACAUAUCGAAUGAAAUUAGCGUCGAUAAAUUCGAAGAAUCUCUUCUUCUUCAAAAAACUCAGUAAAAAUUGUUGAAAAACGAAAGUAAUGAACUAAUUAUACUUGAAAGAUAAAAGUAGGAAAAAUUGGGCAGUGAAGUCAGAGCGAUUUCGGAAAAUUUUAUUUUUAGAUUCCAAAUUUUCGAAUUUCACGAGUUUUAACGUGGCUUUGAUUUUAAAGAGUAACUCUGUAAGAACUAUCCCAACAAAGAUUUUUUUUUUGACGAAGCCACAGACGCUGAAAAACUUUGGAGACCAAGAUCAACCUUUUCUUCUGCGGAGCCAAAAUCUAUUGCAAAUUGACUAUCAGCUAGCGAAUUUCAUUAUGACUUUGAAGAUACCAACCUAUAUCUUUUGAGCGAGGUCGGGAAACCAGGAACCAGAAAAAAAAGAAGAAGAAGAAGCAAAAGUAGAGGCGGGGUCACACAAAUGCAUCACAUCAAAAAGUUUGUCUCGCCGUUGCACAUUUUUCGUUUUUCGCCUCAGCCGACCGCCUGUCGUGCCGAGUCUUUUUGCGUGA